AUGUAUUUCACCGUGAUCUCAAACCAUCCAACAUUGAAGGUGGCAGAUUUCGGGAUGGCCAGAGAUUUUGAUAUACCCUAUCAACAAUAUACGCCGGUUAUGGUAACGCGCUGGUACCGUGCGCCCGAGCUGCUACUACGCAGCAAAACAUACGGCACUCCUAUACACAUGGGGAGUGUCGGGUGUAUAUUCGCUGAGCUGAUGAAUUUGCAGCCGCUGUUUCCCGGGUCAUCCGAAAUUAAUCAGUUAAAAAUAAUAUUCGAGGUUCUGGGUACACCAUCAGACACAGUUUGGCCCGGCUAUAGCAAGUUAACACUGGCAAGCAAUGUGAUAUUCGACGAGUUUCCAUCGGGCGGGUUACGCAAGAAGAUAAACCAAGACCUACUCUCGGAUAAUGGAUUUUCUUUGCUGCUGGAGUUGUUGACGUAUGAUCCGUCAAUGCGCGCGACAUCAACUGAGGCAUUGCUGCACCCUUACUUUGACGAGCAGCCGUUGGCGGUGGAGCCGGCCAUGUUUAUGACGUCGCUGUGGUCAGAGUACUCCAGCUCUGACACGGGAAAUGACCAGCAGUACUCCGGCUCUGACACAUGGUACGACGAGCAGUACUCUAGAACUGACACGGCUGACGAUCUUACCUCCGCUUCUAGUUCUUCAGUUGGUACAUCAGACAACGAUGACGGCGCGACGUAA